AUGGAUCCAACUUAUCGUAUUUGGGAUCACCAUGGAGAGCAACCCAUUGAUACUCAAGUUGACGAAGUUUCGAAUGAUAUGGAUGUAUUUGAUUUAUACACGACUGCUGCCAUGGAUGAUGUGGACAAUAAUAUAGGUUGUGGAGGUGGUGAAGAUGAUGAAUUUGUUAACGAAGAUCUUCAAAAGAAGUUGGAGGAUGCGGAAACUCCUUUAUAUGAAGGGUGUGAGAAAUACACAAAACUUUCAUCAAUUGUAGGUUUAUAUAGGUUGAAGAAUCUGAAUGGUUGGACAGACAAAAGUUUUACUAGACUAUUAGAACUCCUUUGUGAUAUGUUUCCCAAAAACAAUGUACUUCCUGAUUCCAUGUACUCAGUUAGGAAAUUUUUGAGAAAUUUUGAUUUGAAAUAUGAAAAGAUUGAUGCUUGUAUUAAUGAUUGUUGCUUAUUUAGAAAGGAGAAGGCUAAAAUGGAUGUUUGUCCAAAGUGUAGUGUUUCUAGAUGGAAAGUUGAUAAACACACAAAGAAUGUUAAAGUUGGUGAGGCUGCCAAAGUUUUGAGGUAUUUUCCGAUAAUACCCCGAGUGAAAAGAUUGUUUAGAUCAAAAGAAAUGGCUGAAAACUUAAGGUGGCAUUUCACUCAUAAAAGUAUUGAUGGGAAGAUGCGACAUCCAGUGGAUACACCUGCUUGGGAUUCCAUUAAUGAAAGAUGGCCAGAGUUUAAUCUUGAACCACGCAACCUUAGGCUCGGACUAGCUGCUGAUGGAAUUAACCCCUAUAAAAGUCUAAGCUCCACUUAUAGUUGUUGGCCAGUGAUGCUUGUUAUCUAUAAUUUACCACCUUGGUUGUGCAUGAGGGACGAAAAUACAUUUUUGUCAUUAUUGAUUCCAGGUCGUAAACAACCUGGAAACGAUAUUGAUAUUUAUUUGGAGCCUCUUAUUGAAGACUUAAACAAAUUGUGGAAUAAUGGAGUGCAUACUUAUGAUGCAUUCGACAAAAGCUUCUUCAAUUUGAAGGCAAUGUUGUUGUGGACAAUAAACGAUUUUCCUGCAUAUCGAAAUCUUGCUGGGUGUACAACCAAAGGCAAGACAGCUUGCCCGAUUUGUGGUAAUGAUACAUGUGCAACUAGGCUGAAACAUAGUAAAAAAAUUUCAUACCAAAAUACUAGGAGAUUUCUCCCGUUUGAUCAUCCAUAUCGGUCUAAGAAAGCAUGGUUCAAUGGAGCUACAGAAGAAAGAGGCCCCCCUAAAGUUUUGAGUGGUAGUGAAAUUGUUGAAGAACUAAAUCAAAUUACCAACGAUUUUGGAAAAAAUAUGAAUCCCAAAAAAAGGAGUCGGGAUAAUAAGGUGGAAGGAAUGUGGAAGAAGAAAUCUAUAUUUUUCAAUCUACCAUAUUGGGAGAAAAAAAAUGUGUGUGAUAGUAUUAUUAGCACAUUGUUGGGCUUGAAUGGAAAAUCCAAAGAUCAUCUUAAUGCUCGAUUGGAUUUAAAGGAUUUGGGUAUCAAGAAGGCCUUGCAUCCGGUGGAGAAAGAUGGGAUUAUACGACUUCCAGCAGCAUCUUACACACUUUCUAGAUCAGAGAAGACAAUGUUUUGCCAAAGGUUAUUUGAUUUAAAGUUACCUGAUGGUUAUAGCUCAAACAUUAGUAACUGUGUAGUAGUUGAGGAACGUAAGUUGAUGGGGCUUAAGUCUCAUGAUUUCCAUGUCUUAAUGCAACAAUUGCUGGUAGUGGCCAUUCGAGGAUUGAUGGAGGAUGGUCCAAGAGAGGCAAUUAUAAGACUUAGCAAAUUUUUUAAUGGAUUAUGCCAACAUGUGGUUGACGUAAAAGAAAUCAUAGAAUUGGAAGCAGAAGUAGUUGAAACAAUUUGUAUGUUUGAAAGAUAUUUUCCUCCUUCAUUCUUCGAUUCUAUGGUACAUUUAGUUGUUCACCUUGGACGAGAAGUGUUAUUAUGUGGUCCUGUUCAAUUUCGAUGGAUGUAUUACUUUGAAAGAUAUAUGAAGUUACUUAAAGGGUAUGUGAUGCAACCUACACAUCCCGAAGCAUCUAUUGCUGAAUGUUACCUUGCUGAUGAGUCAAUGCGCUUUUGUGCAUCAUUUUUGAAACAAUCUAAUGACGAAGGUUCCUUCAUUGGACGUAACGAAUAUAAUGAUAGUGAUGUGAUACUUGAAGGUCGUCCACUUCAUCGUGGUGUAACUGUUACACUAAAUGAUAAGGAUCUAGCUAGUGCACAUCGCUAUGUAUUAUUCAAUUUAGCUGUCACAGAGCAAUAUUUAAAGUGA